AUGAUGCGGACGGUGGGGCUGCCGGGCGGCGACGAGGUCGUGGCGCUCGGCCAGGGCACGUGGCGCAUGGGCGAGCGCCGGGCUGCGCGCAAGGACGAGGUGGCGGCGCUCCGCCACGGCAUCGCCUGCGGCAUGACGCUCGUCGACACGGCGGAGAUGUACGGCUCCGGCGGGGCGGAGAAGGUCGUCGGCGAGGCGAUCCGCGGGCAGCGCGAUACGGUCUACCUGGUGAGCAAGGUCCUGCCGUCCAACGCCGGACGCAAGCGCAUGGCGCGCGCCUGCGAGAAGAGCCUGAAGUGCCUCGGCACCGACUACCUCGACCUCUACCUGCUGCACUGGCGGAGCGGCGUCUCCCUCGACGAGGUCGUUGAAGGCUUCCUCGCGCUUCAGGAGGCCGGCAAGAUUCGCCGCUUCGGGGUCAGCAAUUUCGACACCGACGACAUGGAAGAGCUGUGGGAGACCCCGAGCGGCCAAGGCUGCCAGACCAACCAGAUCCUCUACAACCUCUCGCGGCGCUGGCCCGAGGCGGCGCUCAUGGACUGGAGCCGUCGCCACAGUCAGCCGCUCAUGAUCUAUUCGCCGCUGGAGCAGGGCAGGCUGCCCGAAGGGGGUGCGCUCGGCGCCAUCGCGGCCGAGCGUGGCGUGACGCCGAUGCAGGUGGCGCUCGCCUGGGUGCUCCGCCAUGAGGACAUGUUCGUCGUACCCAAGGCGAGCCGCAUCGCCCAUGUCGACGAGAACCUGGGCGCGCUCGACAUUACGCUCACCGAUGACGAGCUUGCGGCCCUGGACACGGCCUUCCCGCCGCCCGCCGGCGACGCCCCUCUCGAAUUACACUAG